AACAACCAACCAAACCUUGCCUAAAAAACAUGGUAAAACCUCAUGUUCUACUCAUACCCGCUACUGGGCAAGGCCAUGUUAUUCCUGCAACUGAACUUGGUCGACAAUUAGUCCAACAUGGUGCGAAAGUUACAGUCAUAAUCACAGACGCCAUUCACAAGGCUAUAAUGACGAAUCAAUUAGAGAAAGAUGAUUGUGACGGUCUAAUGCAGAUGGUUUCCAUCCCAGAUGGGCUAGAACCAUGGGAAGAUAGAAAUGACUUAGGUAAGUUAUUGGGGUCUAUUCGGAAGUCUAUGCCUAGCAAGUUGGAACAACUUAUAGAGACGAUUAACAAACAAGACGACAACAAAGUCACAUGUCUUAUUGCUGAUUUUUGGAUGGCAUGGGCUCUACAAGUCGCAAACAAGAUGGGAGUUGGAAGAGCAAUCUUUUGUCCUGCAUCAGCUGCUACACUAGCCACCAUGAUGAGCAUUCCAAAGUUGAUUAAUGAUGGAUUCAUGAACAACAAUGGCAUACCAGCUCGAAACGGUGAGAUGAUUCGGUUGACAGAAACUAUGCCGCCUAUAAAACCUGAAAACCUCGCGUGGGCCACUUUUCGUGACUCAAACAGCAUAGAAGUUAAUUUCCAGAAUCAUGUAAAAUUUGUUGAAUCAGCGACAUCAGCAGAAUGGUUUGUAUGCAACUCAGCUGUUGAGUUAGAGCCUGCAGCAUUUAGCCUGUUCCCGGAGUGGUUGCCCAUAGGCCCCCUUUUGGCAAGCAACCGGCUUGCUAAUCAAGCUGGCCAUUUUUGGCAUGAAGAUUCCACCUGCUUACCAUGGCUCGAUCAUCAAGCAGCGUGUUCGGUCAUUUAUGUUGCAUUUGGAAGUAUCACUACUAUCAACCAAACUCAGUUUGAAGAACUGGCUCUUGGUCUUGAACUUACUAACAGGCCGUUCUUGUGGGUUGUGCGGCCCGGUCUGACAAAGGAGGCUGAAACUGCUUUCCCUGAUGGUUAUAUGGACCGCGUGGGGUCUCGUGGAAGAAUUGUGAGCUGGGCACCUCAACAGAAGGUCUUGGCUCAUCCUUCUUUGGCUUGUUUCAUGACUCACUGUGGUUGGAAUUCUAUUUUAGAGGGUGUAACAAAUGGACUCCCUUUUUUGUGUUGGCCAUACUUUGGUGAUCAAUUUUACAACGAGACAUACAUUUGUGACAUCUGGAAAACCGGGCUUCGGUUGGAGGAAGAUAAAACUGGUAUUAUCACACGAGAAGGAAUAAAAAGUAAAGUAGAGCAACUGUUCCGGGACAAAACAUUCAAAUCUAAGGCUGUUGAUAUGAAGGAAAAGGUUGCAAGUAGUGUAGCAAAAGGUGGAUGCUCACACAGUAAUCUUACCAAAUUUGUUGACUGGAUACAUGGAAAAGAUGCAGAUACCAACGAUCAUCAUGACACUAUGUGAACAAGGAUUUCUAAAAUGAUGUUAGGUAAGUCAUUAAUUUCAUCUAAAAUAAGGCAUGCCAAUAGUUGGAAAUGAUAAAGGACAUAUAAGCUUCCUUUCAUUCGACUGUAUAUGUUGUGUUGCCAUUAUCUAAAGUUUUCUAUAUUUAUUGAUGGGUCAUUGAAUUCCUUGUUAUAAACUUUUCUAUAUUCAUAAGUUAGUAAAGAAAUAUGUUUGU